AUGUUCAUUUGCGGUAGUGGAAGCUUCAGUCGCCAAGAUCACGAUGACGAGGAGCACGAGGCCUACGGCAGCGCGUGCCCCACCCCCAAGCGGUCCAAAAGGAGCACGAGCUUUUGCAAGAUCAUCGGCAAGGACAAUAGCAACAAGAAUCGGUUUGCUGAUCGUGGCCUCGACAAAUUCUACGCCCUCCUAUCCGACUUAGACAACAAGAAGCAAAAGAUCUACACGCAAAAGGGCGCCGAGGACAUUUCCUUCGUCCGCUUCGUCUACACGGGCGACUCGAACCGGGCCAAGCCCAUCGUGGUCAAGGUCAACAAGGAGAAAAAACCCGACCGGAAUAAAUCGUUCGAGAAAAGCGCGUCGGGUAUUAUAAGUCAAGCCAGCAUCAAGGCAACAACACCUAUUAGUACUCCGAAAGAGGAAGUAAAUAAUAAUGAUCAAAAGCCGCGAAAGAAGAGGAGAUGCUUUAGGUGCAAAGGGAGUUUCAUCAAGAUGGAUAGCUUGAUGCGGCCUUGUUUCUACUUACCGGUGAUUUUCGUGUUGGUUUUGGUGUUUUUGUCGAUUUACGGACGGUCGUUUGCGAUUAUGUGCACGUCGAUCGGGUGGUAUGUGGUGCCGAGCGUUGGUGGUGUCGGCCCAUCGUCGGGCGACAGGAAACCGAAGAGGAAAAAGGAGUAUUCUGUUGCGCAAAAUCGGGGGCCAUCUUCUCCCAAGAGUGUCAUAAAUGGGCUUGUGGAGAUAAAAAAAAUAAAUAAAUAA